AUGGCAAUAAAUUAUAAAAAAUUAAAUGAAAUAAAAAAUGUGAUAACUAGGCAUUUAACCCAUCAUAAAUCAUUUAAAUCGGUUGAAUUAGUAAGAGAUAAUCCACCAAGAUGGUUUUGUAAAAAUAAGAAAUUAGUUUAUGAAUUAGCUACUCCCAAAAAAGCUGAUUCAUUUCAUGGUAAAUUAGAAUAUACGAGGUGGGAAGAAUUUCCUUUACCAAAUUCCUUUAAAAAUGAGGAAGAAUAUGAUAAUACGGUAGUUUGGUAUGUGAAUUUUGCGGACAGUGAUGUUUUCGGAUAUUAUGGAACGAAUUUAUUUGCUCAAGAUGAGAGUCAAUGUUUAGAACAUCCCGCAUUAUGUUCACUUCGAGUUUGCCUUGCAAAGAAUAAAGAUCAACAAUCGCAUUUUACAACCUCACAUCCAAAUCUUACCAAAAAAUCUUCCAGUGAUUUUUUAUCCAUAGCAACCCCAAUAUUAGUUAGGGGAGUAGAAAGAAAAGCGAAAAUAAUGACAAAUGCUGACGCAAGAAAUGAACGUCCAUAUGGAUUAUAUGGACAUCAAUUUUCACAAGCCUCACCCAAUGCAAUUAAAUUAGCUACCACAAUAUUUGAUGAAAGGAUUGAUCAAAGGACGGGACGUCCUUAUUAUUCUAAUAUUAUCGCAAUCGAAGCUCAAAAAUAUGGACGAGGUAGUUAUACCAUUGAGAAUAUUAAAAAAAUCUUGGUUGCUGCUUAUUCGGGUUUUCUUGCUGCUAAAUUUGAAAGUUUGGUUGAGAAAGGAAUUCUUGAAAGAUUUCAUGAAGAAAAUCAAGGAGGGCAUACUAAAAUUAAUCUUAAAAAUGAUGAAAGUACACAAAAACCUAAAGUGAUUAUUCACACUGGAAAUUGGGGAUGUGGCGCUUACGGUGGUAACGUUUCAAUCAUGUCUUGUUUACAAAUCGCGGCAGCUCAUCUAGCAGGAAUCGAUAAAAUUAUUUAUCAUACCGUGGGUAGAAAGGAGGGUUUUGAUAUUGGUUUACGAGUUUAUAAAGAGUUCAUUGAUAAUGUAAAAGAUAUAAAUGUGGUCAAUUUUAUUGAAAAUGUUGAGAAGGAAAAACUUCAAUGGGGUUUCAGUAAUGGAACCUAA